AUUAUUUCCUAUCAAUAUCACGGUCGCCAUUAGUACAGGCGUUCAUCUGAUGUGAAUAGGUACCAAGUGCGAAGUUGAUUUCGAUAUAUUUCUAUAUUGUUCGUGUUCGCUGGAGCUUCGGAUUUUGAGGUGCUCAACUACAAAAUGGCGGCCCAGAAGGAUCUCGAUUUCGGCAUGAAAUGCAUAAAGUAUAUGCUUUUUGUCGCCAACUUUAUGUUUGUGUUAGUCGGUUUAUUGCUUAUAUCUAUCGGAUAUAGCAUAAAAGCAAUAUACCGGAACUUCGAAGAGUUUAUGGAAUCGCAAUAUUACAGUCCAUCGAUUCUGGCUAUAGUUAUCGGGUUCAUCAUACUAGUCAUCGCUUUGUUCGGGUGCGUGGGCGCCAUCAAAGAGAGUACCUGCCUAGUGAAUACUUACUCCUUCUUUUUGGCGAUCGUGUUGGUGUUGGAGAUCGCGGUUAGCAUUGCAGCUUAUGCCAUGAGAGCGAAUCUGAAUGCUACGAUUGGAAACAACAUGGAAGUUGCCAUGCACCACUACGACAACGAAUUUAACGCUUUUACCUGGAAUGCGACCCAAUACAACUUGCAAUGCUGCGGAAUCAACGAAGCAACCGAAUGGAAUAGAUUCGCCGGAUUCUCUGGAUAUUAUUUGACGAACGCGACUUAUAGGAACGAGACGGUUAAUGUUCCGUUGACGUGCUGCCCAGAUGAAAACUGCGAAAGAUACAAGGUUUACGAAUACGGAUGUCUGAAUCGUCUAACGUUCAUUGUUUCGCAGUGCGCUCUGCUUUUGGGAGUUGGAGCACUUUGCGUGUCAUUUAUUCAGUUAAUGGGAAUCAUCUUCGCUCAUAUGUUGGCCAAAUCUAUAAGGAAGCUGAAAACGCAAAUCAUCGUGGACAAAGAGGAAAGAAGGAGGCAUUUUUAUGAACAAAUGACGAAAUCAGAAAUCGACGAGCCGAGCAAAAAGUCGCCGAUAUUGUUUACGACCAGUUCCGAAGCUUAAAUUGCAAGUUUAACAUUUUAUUAUAAAUAGUGAUGUAAUAUAAUAUAUGGGUCGAAAUUAUAGGCAAAAUAAAUAGUUUAUUAAUUGUGGAUUGAUGCCCUUGUUUCAAUAGUGACUUGCAGCAUUGUUAUUUUAUUGCCUACUAAUAAAUUAUAAAUUUAUUACU